AUGCACACCAUAUACUACUACACCAUCGAUAACUUCGCGAACGAGCUUGCUCUGCUCUACGUCGUAUGGAGUAUGAAGCUCCAAAUAGCGAUAACAGCCCUGUUCAUUCCCUGUGUGCAAAGCUUAUACGCAUGGCGCGUGUGGAAACUCAGAGGAGACGACCGCAUCCUCCCAUUCAUCGUGUUCUUGACGGUCAUCGGCGGAUGGAUCGUGGGGUGCAUGUCAACUAGGGACGCCUAUCGUCUUCACACAUUCAAAGACUUCCUGGGUCGUAGCACGAGGGCAACGAUAUUCGCGGACUUCGGCAUCUCGACGAGCGUAGACACCGCGAUAUCGUUCACGUUAUGCUUCUAUCUAUACCGCACAAGAUCAGACUUCCCGAGAGCGCGUUCAAUUAUCCACUCACUGAUGUACUAUGUCGUCGCAACGGGUCUACUUACAAGCGCAUGCGCCAUCGUGAUCCUUGUCACGUUCGCAGUGAUGGCGAACAACUUUAUCUACCUUUCUAUGGAGAUUCUGCUGUCGAAACUCUACUUGAACAGUUUCCUUGCUAUGAUGAACGCUCGUCACGUUCUACGUGAGCGAGCGACGGCUUACUCCGUCCCUCGAUCUUCUCAGAGGAGCGUUCAAGUUGCUGAGCAGGCUCGCGAUUACGAGCUCUCCCUGCGGUCGCCUUACAAUGCCGAGAUCCUGGAUAUCACAAAACCCGAUAAAGUCGCUUCGACUGUUUGA